AAGCAAAGACAGCAAAUGAACGCUUUUUAAUAAACACGAACUCAAACUAUUCUACCAAAGCCGAGAUGUGUUAUCCCUCAUUCGGGGCAGUGGGCUCAGAGUACGGGGUUCUAAUCAAGACCGGAAGUGAAGGUUCCGUGUCAAUAACGUGUCCAUGGACGUCACUUGGACGCUAUGACUACACGCAUGCGACGUCAGAUGGCGUGGAGACGUGCUUAGCGACAGGCGACACCUGGAACAUGUGCGCCGACAAAAAGAAAAUGUCUUUCGACUUAGUGUCUUGUUCCACAAAGGUUGCCUACGCUUCCGUUGCGGUGAGCUGUAUUGACUCGGUUCCCGGCACCGCAGAGACUUACGUCACAGUGUACAACGGUGGGGCCGUCGACAAUAGCACCUUAUUCCAGUUCGCGUGCUUUGCCCUCUCGAAUGACAUGACGAAGGCGUCCGUGGCCCCUGGUUAUUGCCGGAAGUCCCAGACAUCAUCUAGUUGGCCCAUCGACGUCGCCACCAAUAACGAGAUAGGGGGGACGUUAGACGUUACGAAUACCUACGAGACCUGCCGUGAGUAUGCAUUUGUAUUGAAAGCAAACUAUAUUGGUUGUUUAUGUUUAAGUUUGCUGUUAGAAAAAGUACACUUAGUAAAGUGA